AUGGCCUCUGACAGCAACAAUAGCAGCAGCAGUAGUAGCCACCAUAAAUCUCUCUCAUCAAGAAACCAACAGCAGCAACUCGUCUCCGCAAUGAUCAAGCAAGGCUUCAUCUCCGACCCCUUUCUUUCUCCUUCUCGCCGCAACUCUCUCUCCCCUCCCGCCAGCUUCCGGGCCAUUCAGAGCCCGACCCUCUUCGAUAUGAUGUCCACGGAGCAGGCCCGCCAACCCAAACCCGCCUCCGAAGCCCACAAAAAACUCCAAGAAAGCGUUUCCCUGGUCCUGUCAGAAGCCCCAUUUCAGAACAGUGACCAGUGGGGGAUGGCUGACGUCAGGCUGACGAUAGCAGCGAGGGCGGUCGCGGGAGAAGGGGAUACGGGGCCCUUCCGGGUGUCGAUGGAGGUCCACAGGAGUGUGCUGGCCGCGAAAAGCAGAUUCUUCGCUGAGAAACUCCGGAGGAGCGGGACCCACUCGGUCGAGAUUCUUGAUUGCGAUAACGUGGCGGUUUAUGUGAAGGCCGUGGUGCUCAUGUACUGUGAUGAAUUGAAGGCCAAGCUUAUGGGUGCGGAGGUCCCCAAGAUUUUGACCCUCUUGAAGAUAUCAUCUGACAUUAUGUUUGAUGACGGGGUACGGGCUUGUUUGGACUACCUAGAAGCAGUGCCUUGGUCUGAGGUCGAUGAGGAGAGUGUGGUUUUUCAUCUGAACCAACUGCAGCUCGACAGCUCGAAAACAGAUGUCGUUCUCCAAAGAGUGGUACCUGACCCAUCCACAUCCCCAAGAGCAGAUGAGGUAUUUCUAAAGCUAUCCAUGGGCGUAUUGCAGGCCAAAGACGACAAAGCCCGUCGAGAAAUCAAGUCAUUAAUAUCUCGUUUGCUUAGAGAAGAUCACGAUAAUAAUGAUAGCAAUAAUAAGCUUGAUAUCUCGAAGGACACACUUUACCAAAUUUGCCACAGGUGCCUUGGUUCCCUGAUCCUAUGCUUAUCUGGGGCCACGUCCUUGGACAACGAAAGCGGGCCAGCCCGAGGGACCCUAAUGGGUGAGAUAGCCCGGGAGGCCGACAACAUGCAGUGGAUAGUGGGGAUUUUGGUAGACAGGAAAAUGGGGGAUGAGUUUGUGCAGUUGUGGGCCGACCAAAAGGAACUUGCUGUCCUUCAUUCGAAAAUCCCAACAAUGUACCGGCACGAAAUUAGCAAAAUCACUGCCCAAUUGUGCGUGUGUAUUGGUAAAGGGCAGGUCUUGGUUCCUACUGAGAGUCGGCUCGAUUUGCUGUCCACUUGGCUGGAGGCUCUUUAUGAUGAUUUUGGGUGGAUGAGGAUGGGGGGGAGGUCGGUGGACAGGAAGAUGAUCGAGGAUGGAUUGGGCCGGACGAUUUUGACCCUGCCUUUGGACCAACAGCAACAGAUUCUGAUUAAGUGGUUUGAUAGAUUUCUUAAUGGAGGGGACGACUGCCCCAAUAUUCAGAGUGCGUUUGAGAUUUGGUGGAAAAGGUCUUUCGUAAAGGGCUAUGUGGUUGACUCGGGAUUGCAGAUGACACCGUGCUCUCCACUCCUCCACAUAGAUGACCAGCCGAGGCUGACUCCUUUCCUCCGCCUGUUUUUGGCUCCAACUCCCCGCGUGGAGCUUCUCCCCCGGCAGGUGGUUUUUGAGGGGUUUGCUGACGAAUCAACGGUGGUGAUGGGUUUGUUGGCUUCGCUCGUCGCCAUCACGGCGAUAAGAGCUUAG